AUGUCUGAGGCCCCAGAUCUCCCGCUGUAUGAGGAGACAACGGCACAACACGGUCGCCAUGAGGAACGAUCGAAGCGUUUUCGGUUCAAGUCCAAGAGGGACGAUGAACAUCGCAGCGACAAUGAAUCAAGGGGUCACAAGCGACGGACGGAUCAUGACUCUUCUUAUAGACACAGGAAACGCCACAGGUCGUCGCGGCAUGCCAAAGAUAGGCUGCACUCACGAGAGCCCUCCUUGAAUUAUCUGUCGCCCGAUCAAGCAUUUCGAGAGUCGCUGUUCGACGCUCUCGGAGACGAUGAAGGGGCAGCGUUCUGGGAAGGUUUCUACGGACAGCCUAUACACAAUUAUCCUGACACCUAUCAAGAUGACAAGACCGGGGAGUUGGAACGCAUGACGGACGAGGAAUAUGCACAGUUUGUCCGGCGAAAGAUGUGGGAAAAGAGCUGGGAAGGGAUGGAAGCCGCAAAGGAAGAGAAGAGGCGAGAAAGAGAACGCGACAGACAGAGGAUACGCGACGAAGAAAAGAAAGCCGAGAGUGAGAGUCAGGCCUGGCAGCACGACGACCACAUCUUCAAUACACAGAUCGAAGCCAGUCUUCGACGAGGUGAGAAGCGAAAAGAGCGCAAACGGUGGCAGAACUUGUGGGAAGACUAUCUGCGCCGCUGGGCGGAUCUACAGAAUCUUGCUCAAAAUCGGCAGACGUCUGGGGAUGAUGGCGAGCAGCUCUUCCUCCGCAACAAAAUCGCAUGGCCCGUCGAGUCGGGAAAACGCAAAGACGUGCAGAGGGAGGAAAUUGAACGGUUCAUCAGAAAAGGCACGGCCGCCUAUGAGGUCCCGGAGGGGAAAGAUCCGUUAUUCAGUGCUAUCAAGGCUGAGCGUGUCCGAUGGCACCCGGACAAAAUCCAGCAGCGGUAUGGAUUCAUGGAAAUCGACGACGAUACCCUGAAGGCAGUCACAGCCGUCUUCCAGGUGCUCGAUGCGAUAUGGAACGAGAUUCGAGACAAGGGCGGAUCCUGA